AUGGAGGACAGCGUCCAGACUCGAUGGUUUCAAAAUGACAACCCAAGGCGCCUCAGGUUCCCUGCCCAUGGCAAGGCUGUAGUGACUUGCCUUCUCUUGUCGCAUGACCGGAUCAUCUCCGCGUCUGACGAGCACUCCAUCCACAUAUACUCACUCCUUACAGGCCAAUUAAUCCACACUCUGAAGGGCCACACGGGUGGCGUCUGGUGCCUAGCCACGACGCGAGAUACCCUGGUCAGCGGAUCCUCCGACAGUACCGUAAGAGUAUGGGAUCUGAGCACGGGAAGGUGCACCCACGUAUUCAAGGGUCACACCAACACCGUGAGGUGUCUGACGAUUGUAAAACCUGAGUGGUUGGAUUGGCCGAAGGAACCGCUGAUCGUGUCCGGCAGUCGAGAUAAUUCCAUGCGUGUCUGGCUGCUCCCAAGACCAAAUGACAAGGAGUACACAAACCGGAAGACUGAUGAACCAGCGGCGUAUGAGGACGUGGGAGAUAAUCCGUACCAUAAACAUCGUUUGGCAGGGCACGAGCAUGCCGUCCGCGCGCUCGCGGCUAGAGGGCGCACACUGUUAUCCGGUAGUUUCGAUUGCACAGUCCGCGUUUGGGACAUAAUCACCGGGCAAUGUCGCUGGGUUUUGCAUGGCCACACGCAAAGAGUUUACACCGUGGCCCUUGACGCCGCCCGCAACAAGGCAUAUUCAGGCUCCAUGGACGGGACAGUCCGCAUCUGGGACCUCCACAGCGGCGAAUGCCGCCACAUCCUCACGGGACACACGUCCCUGGUCGGUCUUCUAGGCCUCUCGCCGUCCCGCCUCGUCUCCGCCGCCGCCGAUGACACUCUGCGCGUCUGGAACCCAGACACCGGCGAGCUACAGUACACGCUCUCGGCGCACACGGGAGCUAUCACGUGCUUCCAGCAUGAUGAUUUCAAGGUCGUCAGCGGCUCGGAGGGUUCGUUGAAGAUGUGGGACAUCCGGGACGGCAGAGAGGUGCGCGAUUUGCUUCCUGGGAUCACCGGCGUCCGGCAGGUGGUGUUCAAGGGCCCGUGGUGUGUCGCUGCUAGCGUUACUGGCGAUGGGUCUGUCAUAGAUGUGUGGGACUUUGCUGGGGAAGGUGACGACAGUUGGGUUGAAGACGAUAGUGAGGAUGAAGAAGACAAUAGUCCCGGUACCAGUCAAAUCAGAUAGAGGUGAAUAUCUUGGUACGAAUUUGCUCCAUCUGUGAAUGCGGCUCCGUUCAUUGGGAAGGCUGCGUGCUCGUUAAAGACUCAGAAGAGGAGAGAACUAGCGUCCCGCUUAUCCUAGACGGUGAGCAUGGCCAGUACUAUCGAGACUACUUCAUUAUUUCCAUAUAUUUUUC